GGAUAAGCUCAUGUUCACCUAAACACUGUAUCUUAGGGUGUGAGAACAGGUCACUAGAGGGAAGCGUGCAUGGCAAAAAACUCUGAUCGGAAAAGGGAUGAACCACCGGAGAAAGAGGCCCUGGUUUCACAGGAACACAAACACACUGGAAAAUGGCAAGUAGUAACAUCCAAAAAAGGUAAGGCCAAGGUGACUGACAAUCUUGAGUGGCGGGCCAAGAAAACUGAUUUUUCUGAACACCCCAAGAAAACUAAUGCAACUUGGGUAGAAGGUCCAGGUGAAUCCUCCAAAAACCCUAUAGAGAUACCUGUUUCACCCACCCCACCACUUGUUGAGAAGGUUGGGAAAAAUGGGACCUACUGCAUUACGGACCCUUCUAUCCUAUCAACUCUCACUUUACGUCAUGUGUAUGAAAAUGUGCUUAGGGCCCCCAUCAUCAGUGAUUCCCAGCAACUUGUGGACAACUCUCUAGCUAUUGUCCCGUUCCAGGAGAAUCAGUUCCUCUCUCUCCCUGAAGAUGAACCACCGGAAGUUGGGUUCUUCACUGAAGCAAAAGAAAUUGAUGAAAAUAUUCAACACCUGGAUUACCUACUUGCUAUAGAAGAGUUCCCUCCUUUGCCACCCCCUUCAGUUGGCAAGGAAACCCUAAGCAAGUCCAAAGCUCCCAGUUCCAAAACAAAAGAAAGAAACCAUGCCAUGAUCACCAGACACAUGGCCUCAAGUAACUCUUCUCCCCCUAUUUUUUCCCCAUGAUGGGCCUCUUUUGGAAUUUGAGAGGUGUACAUAUUUCUCUUCCCUGUCUCCGCUCUCUCCUAAAAAAAUCCAACUUUCAUUUUCUUGCUCUUUUGGAACCCCUGGUUGAACCAAAUAAAUUGGAGUGGUACAGAAUGAAACUUGGACUCUUGA